AUGAAGUACGGCGAUCGGCUUGAACAACAAUCAGUCCCGGAAUGGAGCCUUCACAAUAUCGACUACAAUGCAUUGAAGCAUGAAAUCAAAGUCAACACGCGCCGUGACCAGGCCGCGGCUGUCGCCAUCCCCGGCCAUGUCGACUCCAACCUGCACAGGUUCGAAGAGCGCCUGUUCGGCGAACUCCGCAGCCAACACGAUCGUGUCGAUCUCUUCGUCAACAGCAAAGCCGACGAGAUCUUGAGGCGCCUCGAAUCCAUCUCGGUCCAGAUCAACCGCCUCAUCGCACGCUGCGACCUCGAAGGCGCCGCCGGUAUCAGCCUCAAGCGCCAACGCAAAUUCUCCCGAUACGAGCGCGAUCUGCUCCGGUGCGAGGAAGACAUACUCGCCCUGCCACGGUUCAUCAAUGCCCAGGUCACGGCAUUCCGGAAGAUCCUCAAAAAGUACAAGAAGUGGUCCGGCUCGCCGACGCUCAGCGUACGAUUCCGCGAGGAGGUCCUCUCGCAUCCCAAGAGCUUCACCCGCCGCGACUUGACCUACCUGCAGAGCCGUUACGAGCAGAUCCAGCACCACCUCCGCACCGCUACACCUCAACUCAGCGAGCCCAGCUCGCCUUCGACCGACGCCACCUCGCCUUCACCAAGCCGGCCCGCCAAGACGACAGCGCAGCGCUUCGACCCCCUACCGCCGCCGCAGACGCACUACUGGAACGAGUAUGACUACGGCAGCGACGCCGAGGGCAACGACCAGGCGGGCGAGUAUGCCAUCUAUAUCGACCCCAACGCCAACGCCAGCUUCCCUGGCCUCGAUGCCAUGCGCUCCAUCAUUCGGCGGCCACUCGCGCUUGCCACGUCAUGGUUCUCUCGCGGACACGCUGACACGGAUGCAUCGCGCCAGUCCCUCCUGUCGCCGGGCGGCAACCGCAUAGGCCCGGGCUACGGUGGCAUCUCCCCUUUUGGCACCGAGACGGACGAGGACAUCGAAUACGCAAGCUCCGAGGAGAACUUUCCCGCGGCAGGAUACGCGGGCUACUACGCGGCACUGCCAAGCAUUGCCGACCAGCAGCUCGAGCGGUACCGCGAGGCCACCCUUGGCUGGGCCACGAUUGGGGCCUUUGCUGCGUCUUUUGUGCUUCUCGCUGUGGCCAGCAUCCUCAUCGUCACAGGACGGCACAAGCUGCGGGCCGAGGUGGAUGCAGGCGUCACGGUCGGAUCGGUGACAAGUCUCUUCUGCGCCUGCCUCGGGAUCGGCAUGAUGCUCUACCGCCGCGACAAACUGAGCGUGGCAUACAGGGCAGCCGUGCUGACGAGCUUCCUGGCGGCGUGCGCCCUCAACGGGAUGCUGCUCAUUCUCGUCGUCGACAACUAG